AUGAUGGGACGAACUUCAAAAUUUUCCUUUCCUAUACCAGGGCGAAAGAAGCACUCUCGGAGCGAGAGUCAAAAUACCGUCUCUUUGGAGCCUCAACACAUAUCGCCUCCCAGUCUAUCGAAUCUCUCGAAAGCAAACAAAAUAUUAGGCACCAAUUCGCCUACCAUUGGCGAAGGCGCUUCAUGGAAAUAUCCAUCCUCGACCUCGUCUCGAAUAAAUGUUUCGAUUUCGGAAACAACAAACGACAAUGACAACUGGGAAAAUGGAUCAGACGCUUUAGGAAAACGAGGCUCGUUACGAAAGCUACGCGCAAAGGCAUCUUCAACUCUACUCGGACAAAAUUAUGGAGAUGACAAUGGUACGGGAUGGAGGCUGAGGCAUGAAAGUUCAAACUCGACUCUAAGAUCGCAUUACGAUCGGCAAAAUAUCCCCCUAUCUGUGUCGCAACAAACUUCUGCAUCAUCAGUAAGAGAUCUUGCGUUACGGAAAGGGCUUCCUCCAAUCGCUCAGAGGAGCCCGCUUCUCCAGUCUGAAGCGCCAUAUCAAGAUCCGUAUGAGACAGGAUACAAGGCCAACGAAGAUCAGGCGACGCCAGGAAAUGAUAGGGAGCAACAUCAAGAGAAGGAGCUACGAAAAAAGCCUGCGAAAUUGGACUUGACUUUGCUUUUCCCACGACCCUCGCGAAGAAACACGGGAAAGUCGACGGACAGUUCUUUGAUGACCCCAUCAUCAAUGUCCACCGACGGUUCCCAUACUCCAUCAAGCGAAACAAGUAGACGAAAAUUGAGGAAAUCGAGGUCGAAGGAGUCCGCGCAAUUACAAAAUAUGAGUAUCCGAUUAUCUCACUCUCAGGACCCGCAAAAUGGCAGAAUGGAACAUCUGGAAAACUUGCAAGAUAGUUUUGAGCAGUCCAUCCGCAGCCCCAUGACAAUUCCAAGGCUGGACCAAAUUCCUGAAUCAGGAGUUCUCCAGCAACUGACGAUAGACCCAGACGAUGAGAGUAUGUCGCCACAAUACCACCAAUUCCCGAUACCUCCCAGCGAAGACAGAAAGAACAUGAAUCCUGAAGGAAACGCACCCUUUUCCUGGAAAAACGUUCGCUCAAGCACGACGUCAUCGAAAGAGAGUUCGGACAACGUCCCGCAAAGAAGAGAUACUAUAGAUUAUGUCCAGAGAAAAGUGGUAUCGUCGAGUUCCGCUAGUGUACUGUCCAAAGGAUCACGCCGUACCAAUGGCAGUGGUACCGCAUUAUCCAAUUCGGAUCUCAAGUUCAAAAGCGUGCUUUCUCUAUCGUCUGAUUCUGAGGAUGAAGCAUGGGAGCCGAAACAAACCAGAACUCCCCAAAGAAAUAACGAGAAUGCCUCGUGGGGAGAGGAAAAUAUUAGCAAUACCUCUCGGUUGAGAGAGGAGCGCACUCGGCAGUCACUUCCAGCUAGAGGAUUGGCCGCUUAUGGUCACAGACAGAAGGAUUCCGAUCUAGGGGGCUCGGCAAAUCUCAAUAAUCAUAUUGCCUUGUCUGAGAAAAUCCCAACGUCAACCUUGUCCGCACAACGGUCGUCCAGGAGAGAAGAUUUCAACGUUUUUCCGGCUCAGCAAAACAGUUACCACCAAGCUCCACCGCGUGAGAAUGAUAAGAAAGGUCACAGAGCACAUCCUUCCAUCAGUUCAGCUCGUUCUGGUCGUUCAGGUCGUUCAGGGCCAUCUGUAAAAUCCCGUCUUUCGGGGGCAUCACUUAGUCCCCAUCCACCUCGUGCUCCUUCCCAGCCAACACCACCCCUCUCUCCGGCCUCCAUGAACUUCCGCGAGGCAUCCUCCGAAAAGAAUAGCCGUCUCAUGGCGGUGACACAGCAAGAAGAAGCGCUUCUCUCCGCUCUCCGCGAGAAGCGCACGCAAAUUCGAGAAAAGAUCAUUAAAGAACAUGAACACCAAGUUUCCCUCUCCCCACCGGGGACGAGAACAAGUCAUUUGGAUGAGCAAAAACCUGUGUGCUUAUACCUUGAACCACCCAUGGCAGACGACUCCGAGCCUUCCCCAGAUUUGAGUGACUUCCUAGCUUUUGAAUCAGAUAUGGAGAGUACGCCCCGAGCAAGCCAUGGAAAGGGUCGGCCGCGGCCUGAUUCUUACAUUGUCGAUCCCAGUACUCGGCGAGAUCCCAUGAAUUCCCAAUCGACAGCAAGAAUCAGUGCUGUUGGUGCACCCGAGGGUCUCCAACGUAAUGACUCGAAAAGAAAGAACGGCAGUGGUGUGAGGUUCACCAAUGACACGAAGAACGCGCAUCCAACUCCGAACACAGCUGAUGCCCAGUUUUUCUUUAAUUGA